UGAGAACAAAAUGUGAAGAAUUGGCUCACCUGGCUACCCGUCCUGCUUUACCCAUCCUUCCCGUAUAAAAACUCUGAUGUGUUGUCUGUCAGACACAGAGGAGUAGGUACAGCUUGAUCAGCUGUGUUAUUUUCCACUGAACACUGUUCCUCGCUUACCUGAACGACUGGUGUACUCCAAUCAAGUUGUAGAAACAUCUCAAGGAUGAUCAAUGUAAACAGGAUGCACCUGAGCUCAAUUUAGAGUCUCAUAGCAAAGAUCACCCAAAAACAACAUGAAGCUGGAGCUGCUGGUGGUGUUGGCUGUAGCAGCCCUGGUUCCCAGCCUGUCUGAGGGGCUGCUUCUCUCCAAAUGUGAGCUGAAGCCCAAACUGACAGAGGCUGCUGACCAAUUCAAUCUGACUGAGAUAAUUGCAGCAAAGGGAGUCGAACUGGACGACGCCUUGGCCAAAAUUAUCUGCAGUUUGGACCUAAAGUCUGGUUUAAACACCAGCCUUGUGACCAACCUUGUCCUGCGCAAACAUUUCCUGCAUAAAUCCAAAAGACGCCCCAUCAGCAGGAGACCUGUGAGACUGUUUGGGCACAAACGUCCAGGUAGAGAUGUUGAGUCAAAGGAAGAUCGAGUCAGUUCUGAGGGAAAAGAGGACAAGCCUAGACCUACAGGAAAGCCUGGGGGAAUGAAACCCAAACCUACCGGGAAAACAGAGGGAGUGAGCCCAAGAUCAGAGAGGCCCGAAGGGAAGAGGACGAGACCAGGGAGUCACGCGAUAGGAAGGAACAAGCGUGAGGCUGAGGAGUCCGCUGGUGAAAAGGAAGAACAUGACAAAGUUGAGGCGCAAGAAAGCAAAGCGGCUGAGGUGGAAGAGUUUUGCGGCUAUGAGGAUGAGGAAGACGAGGUUGACGAGGAUGAGCUAGACGAGGAGAACCUGGAAGAGUUAGAGGCGGAGCUGGACGAGCAAGUAGGAGAGGAACCGAAAGAGAGAGAGGGGAACAGGAAGAAGAGAUACAUCCCAAAGCAGUUCAGAGGUCCCGGACAGAGCCGCAAGCGCAAGCCAUUUAAGCCGAACAAGACCCUGUCCUUCAGCUUUUUCGGUCUCUUCCAGCUGAGCAAUCGCCUCGCCUGCGUCUCCUCCAACACCACUCGCUCUCUCAAUCUCUGUAAAACAGAGUGCAGCUGUGAGUACGAACAUCUUUCCUUCCUCAGCCUGUUUAGCAGAAUGUCAACAAAUGCCUGCAUGUAUGUAUGUACAGUACAUGUAUGAAUGAAAUAAUGAAUAGGCCUACAUGAGUGAGUGAGUGAGUGAGUGAGUGAGUGAGUGAGUGAGUGAGUGAACGUCAGGCUUGUGAUCAUGUCAAACCCUUACGUUGGUGUCCAACAACACACCUCCAGGUACUGCUGUUUUAAAACUUCCAAAUAUAUAAUCUCGCUCUCUCUCUCCAU